GCACAGCGUUUGCGCGUUGUUGAGUGUUUUUGUGGGAUGUGAUCGGUGAAAGCUGUAAAUAUUCGCGUAGUGCCCUUUAAUGCCAAUCAUGAUGGACAUGCCCAUUGCCCCUCCAGACCAGGAGCUGCGCAACAUAAUUGACAAACUGGCCCAGUUUGUCGCACGAAAUGGCCCUGAGUUUGAGCAAAUGACCAAGCAGAAGCAGAAAGACAACCCCAAGUUCUCUUUCCUCUUCGGCGGCGAGUACUACGCCUACUACAAGCACCAGGUCGCCACGCAACAGAGCUCUUUGAAGCCGAAAGAGGAAGUGCCGCCGACGGCAGCAGGUGCUCCGCCGGGUCCCAUGCCAUGGCAGGCGACGUCAAACGUGGCGCUCGCCCAGCUGCAGCAGCAGGUGCAGGAGAUCCAGGAGCAGAUACGACAGAGCGAGGUCAACUUGGCCGCGCAACACCAGGUCCUUUUGCAACAGCAACAGGUGCAGUUAGACGAGGCCAUACGAAAGGCCCAAGAUGACAAGCUGAUGGCUCAGGCAAAGAGCUGCGACAUAGAGAUUGCAGAAUUGGAUAAGAUCCUUCAGCCUAUCAUUGAGUCUUGCACCAAGGAUGCCAUUUCGGCAGGAAAGGGCUGGAUUUUUUCUCACUCAACCACCCCCCAACGUAAUGAGCUAAUAUGCCAGUAUCUCCUCAAGAAGGUCACCGUGCCGGGCGCUCCUUUUGACAUGAAACUACACAUUGUGUACUUGAUCAAUGAUGUCUUGCACCACUGGAAAAAUGUCAUGCUCCUGGACCUCUUUUGCAGCGUGCGGAAGAACGCUGAUGGGUUGAAGCAGUCGUUGGACAAAGUUGUCGUCCCAAUCUUUUGCACGACCAGCAUUGGCGUUGACGAGGAGAAAGGCCAGAAGCUUGCCAAAUUGCUGAAGCUUUGGGAGACCAACAACUACUUUCCAGCGUUAAUUCUUGAGCAACUCAAGAACCCGGCCAUUUCGUUGGCAAACUAUCAAGCUAGCCUCAUAACGGAGCAUGCGGCAGUCAUCACAUCAGUGACAAGUGCUGUGCAGGCAAAGUACACGCAGCUACAAAAGCAGCAUCAAGACUUUGUGGCACACUUGACGUCGCGGCUGCAGACAUUACAGUUUGGGAUGCUGCCCCCUACAAUGGCAGCGCAGGCAGGCCUGUCCGGCGUGGCCGCCCUGCCAACGCCAGGCAUGCUGCCGCAGGCGGCGCUGGCGACAGCAGCUGGCCAGGCGUUGCCCCCAACAGCGAGCUUGGCGCCGCCUGCGUCUGUCAGUGCCCCGGGCCCUCAAGUGGCAAGCGGCGUUGCCGCCACGCCAGCUACGAGCGCUGCCGGCCAGCAGCCUCCGCAGCAGCAGCAGCUUGCAGGGUCGGAGCAGGAAGCCACAAGCCAAGACUCUGCCAUCACUGGAUCAGAGGCCGGCGGCGGUGGUGGCAGCAGUGGCAACGGCAACGGCGAAGAGGAGUCACAGUCGUCAGAGGUGCAAGCAAGCAACAGUGUCCAGGAAAUGGACCCUCAGCUGGCACAGGGCCAUGGUCCAAACAUGGGCCCAGCCUCGCUGCCCGACGACAGUAUUGGCGGUGGACUUCCUCCUCUGCAGCAGCAGCAUCCGCAGGGGCCAAUGUCGAUGAACGCAGACAGCGUUCCACCACACAUGAUGUCCGAUCAGAUGCCACCGAGAGACAUGAGGCCAGGAGGCAUGAACCACGGUUACGGCGGCCCUAUGCACUAUGCAGGUGGGGGUCCCAUGGGAGGAGGUGGGGGUCCCAUGGGAGUAGGCGGGGGUCCCAUGGGAGGAGGUGGGGGUCCCAUGGGAGGAGGCGGGGGUCCCAUGGGAGGAGGUGGGCCUCCGUACAUGGGCAACGGACCUCCACCGCCAAUGUCGCAUUUUGGGCCCCAGCCGCCGCCCCACUAUGGCAUGCCACCUGGCUACAACCACCCGCCACCACCUAGCUACAUGCACCACGGAGGCCCUCCACAUGGGCAGUACGGCGGCAUGCCACCUCGGGGGAUGCACAGCUACGAUCAUAUGAACAAUGACAUGCCCUACUACGACGACUACGACAUGAAUGCAAGAUCCCGGCAGGACUAUGGCAACUUCUACAUCGACUCUGAGACCAUGCCACCUCGUGGUGAUGGCGGCCAUCCCAAUGCUGGGCCUGGCCUGCCUGACACGCGCCAACCUCCCCCUGGGUUUGUGCCCAUGAACUCUCAAGGCUACCUGCCGCCGGAGAUCCCCCCGGAGGCCCUCGAGUGCCUGGUGCCCACCAUGCCGUACUACGAGCUGCCCGCAGGCCUCAUCGUGCCCCUGGUCAAGCUGGAGGACAGUGACUACAGGCCACUAGACCCCCAGGACCUGCGCCUGCCUCCGCCGGCGCCCCCCAGUGAAGCCCUGAUGCAAGCAGUGGAGAUGUUCUACAGUCCGCCAUCCCAUGAGCGGCCACGUAACAGCGAAGGGUGGGAGCAGCUUGGCCUGUACGAGUUCUUCAAGGCUAAGAGCCAGCACGUGCGCAAGAGGCCCUCCUCUGACGAGGAAGGGGAAGGGAAUGGUCGGGGCCGCAGUGAACGGGAGGACCAGCAGUCCAACCGGCGAGCCAAGGCCAAGGAAGGUGAGGAUCAGAUGCAGCUCAGGGAGGACCCCAACCGGCGGAAGUACCGUGAGAGCAAGAGUCCCCCAAGUGCAAAGCACGAUGAGGAGCCCAGAAGAAAGAAGCGGAGUCGCAGUCGGUCGGAGUCGCAGUCCCCACCUCGGCGCAGCAGACGGUCAAGAUCGCUUUCGAGGUCACACUCUCGGUCGAGAUCCCGGUCCCAUUCACAGUCUCCCUCAAGGCGGCGUUCUCCAGAACGCAGCCCCACGCCUCCUUCCUUCUUUGGUUCUUCGUACGGUGGCGACCCCAGGGAUUCAAGGUUGGAUGAGUCCAACAAGGGUCAUCAACUCCUCCGUAAAAUGGGGUGGGGAGGUGCUGGUCUCGGCGCAGCCGAGCAGGGCAUUCAAGACCCAAUCCACCCGGGUGACAUCCGAGACCGGCAAGACCUCUACAAGGGUGUUGGAAUCAACCUGCACGACCCAUACGAAAACUUCCGCAAGAGCAAAGGCCAGGCAUUCAUCAACAGGAUGAAAGCGCGGACAGAAGACGUCAAGUGAAGAUGCUGCAUCCCUCGACCUGCAACCAUCGCGAGCAAGCUCGCAUUCGUCACUUCUUUCUACUUGCCAGACAAGUUUCAGACAUUGUGUGUGUGUCCAUUUGUUGGUGUCCCAUCUAGAGGAAGAACCCCAUCCCCGCUUCCUCGCCCGUUGUUUCACGUGCUUCGUCUUUUUAAUUUUUACGUCCAUUUCCUGACCUGAAUGCAAGGUGGGACUGGACUGUCAUUGCUCAUGUGACUUGGAAGUGGAUUGUGGCCGAGGCAAAUGAAGUGAACUGUGCUGAAACUCUGUACAAAGCAAAGCUGGCAUUAAUUAAAUGAUAUUUCUGGGCAAA